UAGCCUGCCUGAAGAUCCUCCGCCCCUCGUAAUCUAGGUUCCAGGAAGUAGCUCGUCAUGAAAUCUUGUUCAGACUAUCUACAAUCUCUGCAACUAGCAUGUAUAUUCCAUUUACGGUUAGGUUUUUUUCAGCGUAUACUUACUAUCCGGCUUGCAAAUGUUUAACGUUAACGCAAUAAUAACUGACUUGGAAGAAAUACGGAAAGGAAGGACAUUUAGGAUUUUCAAACAUCGGGGUUCAUUCAGGUCUCUGAGGUUAUUCUGAAAAAUACUGACAACUGAGGAUUCGUGCUGAACGUGAACCUAAAUAAGUCGCAUCAUAUACGUUUAACGUUAUAUUAAUGCAAAGAGUAAAAACACUAGUUUUAUUAAUUGUUUGGUAAACGAGAGCUAGCUGUCAGCAGAAUAAUACUGACCCUCUUAACCUAGCAGCUAGAACUAACGGUAGUAACGUUACUGUAUGCUAAUGCUAGCCAAACAGACCCUAGCAAACUAACUUGGGCUAGUCGGCUAACGUAUUGGCUUUGCUAGACAUUCUCUGAUGUAAACAAGUAAAUAUGACACCAAUGUCACGGAAACAGCAACACGGCUGCAUUAAUUGGCUUUGUGAAGAAAACCUUGCUAUGCGGAAAGAGCUGUUUUUCAACUUCCUAGACAGGUAGGAUAACGUGAUGCAGGGGUGAAGCAGCAAUAAGCCGUGCGACGUUGAAAGCUAAGGUUGUGUUAGCUAGUCAGUAGCUGCUAGCUUCUGAAAUGAAUCAAAUUAUGAUUUGUUACAUUAACGUUAGCACGUUUUCGUUCGUGCUGUUUAAGCACACAACAACGCCUCUGUGAAUUGCAUUUGUGUAAUGAAUUGGUUACAUUAGCUCUAGACACACAGAUACAAAAUGUCAGUUAACGUCAAACAGUAAUGUUAGUGAAACCUAGCUGACUUCGAUAGUUAGUUGCCAACGUGAAACGUUCAAGCGCAAUGUAACUUUAAGUGGAGAACUGCCCAGUGUUGAGAGGAAUAAUGUUAACGUUAUUAAAAACACACACUGCUAACGUGUUAACUUUGUACGCCUUACUGGGCACCCUAACGUUACCUGUCUUUACGGUCAUGAUUUCUAGAAAGGUGUGGUAAGAGACGCACUUUGAUGUUCAUUAUCACGCUUAUCAAACAUCAUUAUCAAACAUCAAUUGCUUAACGUUAGUGAAGGUGUUACUUUAUUUACUUUAUUUCAGUAACGUAAACUCAUGUCAGUUCCAUUGAGCAGACCUUUGCUUCAUAUAACGUUAAAACUGUUGUAGUGUCAGUUAGAGCAUGGAGGGAUGCCCUGAUGACAAGCAGAAUCAUGUUCAGUAAAGCCUCAAAUAAGGACAAGAAGUCCGGCUUCAGUAAGAAGCUUUUUCGAAGAGGCUCUUCUCGGGCGGUUGGCAGUUUUAUGAGCAGGGUCUUGAAAACACUUACAACUCUAUCUCAUUUUGGCUCAGAGUUACAAGUUACAGAUGGGGACAAAGAUGAUGGAGGAUUUACCUCCUUUAAUAGUGAGGAUAAAGGGUCAGUUGCUUUGGACUACAGUGACAGUGGAAGUUAUCUUAGUCAGGACAAGGUUCCUGGAGUGUCAGGACUGAAGAACCAUGGAAACACCUGCUUUAUGAAUGCAGUUCUUCAGUGCCUAAGCAACACAGAACUCUUUGCUGAGUACUUGGCUUUGGAACAGUACAAAGGAGAGGAAGCCAAUGAGGACAAACCAAAGACUAAUGGGAUACAUUUGCAUGGGAAAACUCCUCAGGACAGAUGUGAGGUGACACAGCAGCUCUCUGGAUUAGUACGAGCUCUGUGGACAUUUGAAUAUACCCCACAGCACAGCCGGGCAUUCAAAAGUGCUGUCUCCAAGAAUGCCAUGCAAUACAGGGGCAACGCUCAGCAUGAUGCCCAGGAGUUCCUUUUGUGGCUUCUUGACCGAGUACAUGAAGACCUCAACAACAUUGUUCAGUCCAGUGGUGGACCCUCUAUUAAGCCUCCUGUGGAAGAACAUGACUCUUCAGAAGGACCGUCUCCAUCGCUUUCAACUGGUUCUUUUGUCCAGGAACUUUUUCAGGCCCAGUAUAGGUCCUCACUCACCUGCCCUCACUGCCAGAAGCAGAGUAACACAUUUGAUCCUUUUAUGUGCAUCUCAUUGCCAAUUCCUCUACCACACACAAGGCCCCUCUAUGUGACCGUUGUGUACCAGGGAAAGUACUCUCAUUGCAUGAGGAUUGGUGUGGCUGUUCCACUCCACAGCACCGUCUCCAGACUGAGACAAGCAGUGUCACAAGAGACCAAGAUUCCUCAAGAUCAGUUUGUUUUGACUGAAAUGUAUUACGAUGGUUUCCACCGCUCAUUUUGUGAUGAUGAAGAUGAUCUUGACAUCAUUCAAGAAAGUGACUCAGUCUUUGCUUUUGAGACCCCUGAGGCAUUUCGAUUAGAAAACAUUCGCUCUAAACGAGGUAGCCUUUUGGCAAAUUUGAAUCAGAACAAUCUGACGUAUAACCCAGAGAACGUCAGGAGCCCAUCCUUUAUGCAAGGAGUGGCGAACCCUGCCUCACCCAACAAGAACACAGCUACUGACAAGAUGAUCCUACUCAUCUGCAACCGAGCCUGUACAGGCCACCAAGGAAGACGGUUUGGUCUUCCUUUUGUGCUGUACAUGGACCGAACUGUGACCUGGGAUGUCUUACAGAGGGAAAUCCUGGAAAAGAUGCGACACCUUCUCAGGCCAGGAGUUUACAUCCAGGUUGGACCCUUCAGCUUGCGAGUUGUAGGUGUGGUGGGCAUCACCUAUUUGUUACCGCAGGAGGAGCAGCCUUUGUGCCACCCUACUGUAGAGAGAGCAUACAAGUCAUGUGGUCAGGGUGGACCUCCACAUGUGAAGAUUGUGGUGGAGUGGGACAAGGAAACAAAGGACUAUUUGUUUGGACAUAUGGAGGAAGAGUAUAUUCCUGAUGCUGAGAGUGUAUACCUUCACAGAGAGCAACAUCACCACCCUCAGGCCUGCACCCUUGCUCAGUGUUUCCAGCUCUACACCAGAGAGGAACAGCUGGCUCCAGAUGAUGCCUGGCGCUGCCCACACUGCAAACAGCUGCAGCAAGGCCGAAUCAAGCUAAGUUUGUGGACUCUACCUGAUGUCCUUAUCCUACAUCUCAAGAGAUUCAGACAGGAGGCAGACCGCAGAGUGAAAAUGCAGAAUAUGGUGAGGUUCCCUCUCCUUGGCAUGGACAUGGCACCCCAUAUGGUAAAGAGGAGUCAGAGCAGCUGGAGUCUUCCCUCUCAUUGGUCACCAUGGAGACGACCAUAUGGCCACAACCCAGAUGACUACUUGUAUGACCUCUAUGCUGUGUGCAACCACCAUGGCAAUAUGCAUGGGGGCCACUACACAGCAUACUGUAAAAACUCUAUUGAUGGUCAGUGGUACUGCUUUGAUGACACUGAGGUACAACCAAUUGCUGAUGAGGACGUCUGUCAACAAACAGCCUACAUUUUGUUUUACCAAAGAAGGACCAUCAUUCCAUCGUGGUCAGCCAACAGUUCUGUUGCAGGUUCAACAAGUUCAUCAUUAUGUGAACAUUGGGUAAACAGACUUCCAGGCAGUAAACCUCCUAGUCUGGCAUCAGGGGCUUCUUCUCGACGCACGUCCUUGGCCUCACUUGCGGAAUCAAUGGAGUUCCCUGGAGAUCGCAGUGAGGAUGACGGAGGCUUUUCAACUCGACCUUUCGUGAGGAGUAUUCAACGGCAGACCUUAUCUUCUCGAUCCUCAGUCACGAGCCCUCUCGCCUUCAAUGAGAAUGGUAUGAAGACCUCCUGGUCUCUUUCAGCCAAACUACAAAUGAGGUCUAACUCUCCAUCCCGCUUCUCCCUUGACUCUCGCGCCUCCCCUCCAUUGGAGAGAAUUGGGGAAGCUUGUGAUGACAAAGUGUCUACUUCUUGCUUUGGCAGCUACAGCCGUCAAGAUCGACACGUCAACAGCAAGGCACCUCUUGCUACCGUGGAGGCCUAUGGUAGUGAGGGAGGAAAUGGCCAGAGAACUCUGGAAGACGCCUAUUGUAGGAGUUCCAAAGGUGAACAUGUUGACAACAAUAGUCAAGUCACCGUUCACGAUCAAGGCAAAAACAUAACCCCAGUUAAAGAACACAAACGUAAAGGAAGCUCUGGUGAAAAACAUAGGUGUGCUGGUAAUGGAACCAAAAAGAAUUCUAAUAAGACUGAUUUGGAGAAGGCUUCUAAAAAACUUCAUAGUUCAUCUUUAACAACAAAGUCCCCUUCUCAAGUGUCUUCCAGCUCUCCACUUAAGAGUGCCAAAGUCACCAACACCAACAAAGAUUCUAUGAAGAUUGUGAAGGGGGUGCCCUCCCGGCGGCUUGAAUCUUCCUGUGACCAAAAGACAGCAGCUCAGGGGACGCAAUGUAAGGUGCACCCUUCCUCCACACCACAGCCCUCUGUGUCUCAUACUGUAACUGCCAAGAAAAGCUCUUUUAUAUCUGAGAGGAUAUCUGUUAACAGCAAAAAGAAUCUUAGUGAGAGGACUUUUAACAGAGAUGCAACCCAGUUGAACUCUCCUUUAGAUAAACCUAGAGGUAGUGGGAUUCAGCGCAGCUUUCAGCCCCAGGGUGCUGAUAGGGAACGAAUGGAGCAGAAGCCAGUGAAGAGUUCCAGCAGCAGCUCUUCAGUUACUAGUCUGCGUUCUGCCAGUCUUUCAUCCAGAGACCUGAACCACAGCAGCAAAUCAGAGGACAAAGGACUGUCAUUCCUGAAAAGUGCACUUCGCCAAAGAGAGAUCCGACGAUCUGCUGAUUUAGGCAAAACUACCUUGCUUACAAAGAAGACCUCUGAAAGGACAGCCAGGUCCAAUAUCCAAACUAAAGGAUGUAGUAUGGAUGCUGAUAAAGUAUCUUCAGGACCCUCCCUAGUGACCUCUCUGGAAAGCAAUCCAAGUAAAAUUGCUACUAAACAGAAAGUGUCCUCCAAAAUCACCACCCCAGUUAAACGCUCUCUUUUGCCAGUUAGUAAGUCAAUGUCUUCCGCCACAGAGACCACUGAUCAGACUUAUAGUGGAAAAAAGCCUCUUGAAAGGAAGUAAUCCUCUAGAAAGCCUUGUUCCAGCAUGCAAUCCUCUGUACAGCCUACACUCUUGACACCUCAAUGAUGUUUAAAUGCCAGUUUUUUCUAAUGCAGCUAAUUUUUAUGUGCCUGAGAUAUUGUGUUGAUAUACAUGUGUGUUUGUGUUAUUAUGUAGCAAGCGCCUUUCCUACCAUUGAAACGGAUCAUUGGCUAUGAAAAGGUGUAAUAGGUCGAAAUCAAAUUACAGCACACUCUAUAAAAGCAAGUCUCAAUUGUAGUUCUGCUUUCAGACCCUAAUUUAAUUACUCAAGGGGCCAAAUCAACGUAAAAAUUGGCAUGUGUAUGUUCUUGGUAAACGUCCCCACAGAAAGCGUGCCUACGAUGAACUUCAAAAUUCCCUUUGUGCACAUCCUACCAUGUGUGUCACAUAUUGUGUUUAAAGUUAAAUUAGAACAAAUAUGUAAAAAAAAUAAAGCAAAGGGAAAAUGUAUACAGUAUAUUGACAAUAUAUUCUUACUGAGAUCUCAUAGUUCUCUAUUUUGCUUUUUGUUCCAUACACGGCAAAGUAAUAAUCAGUAAUCCAGUUGUGCUACAGUAAUAAUUUAGGUAUUGAUUUGAUACAGGUUUAAUGCUUGUAUUUCAGAAUGAGUACAUUCAAUUAUGCCAAUUACAUUGGAAAACCUUACAUGGCUGCAGAACACAUUUUAUAACAAUAACAGGCUUACAAAUAUGAGAAUUUCUGACCAUUUAGCCUACUUCACUGUUCCUUCAUCACUGUUCUUCUUGACAUUGCAAGGUUGAAAGUGUCAAAAUAGUCAAAUACACCCCUCCCUUUAGUGCUUUUUUGUUGUUGAUUCCCACAUGCUCCAAGUUUAUUACCUGUAAGCUUACAGGUACUGGUAACUUUACUCUUACAAAGAUAAAGAUACUUCAGUUUGUCUGCAGAGACCCUCUCCAUAGUAGCAUAGACGUGUAAUGAGUGUUGAGUCUAGUUAAUGAAGAGAGCAAUUUACUUUGACAUAGUGAAGAUGCCCUUAAAGGCUAUGCUAUGUAUGUGGUAUUCAGUUGUAAAUGCAUAUUAUACUCAACACUGCACCGAUUGAUGUCGUUUUGGUCCCAAACAAAAAUUUAGGUUGUUUAGCUAGGUUGUUGUUAGACCGAAGUUUCCUUUUAGCUGACAUCGGUGGGUUUUACAGGCCAAUUAAGAAAAUGUGUUUUGAUAUAGGUAUAUAUAAAGUACACAAGAAUUUCCAUGAGAACCUUAAACAACCUUAUGUAAUCCUUUGCAACUGAUAACCAGAACUCAUACGGUGUUCUUGUGGUGAAAGAAGCUUGUAGUGUCCUGUCACUGGAAAGCUUGAACAGCACAUCUUCAAGCUCAGAAAGUGGUUGCAAAAGAAUCGAUCUAAGCCUGGAUUGUGAACAAGAAAAUGGAAUUCUGUGGUAAAAAGGUCCCAUUGGGUUGAUCCUGUGUCAAUGUACAAAAAAAGGGGAGAAAUGCAUAAAUACAUAUAAAUGCAAUGCAUAAAUACAUACACAUACAUAUACUGAAUAUUAAUUUCAUCAUUAUGGCCCAAUCCUAUUUUUCCCUUUUACCCUACCACUUCAACUAAAAUCACAGGGUUCCUCUGUUUUACGAGGUAGAGGUGUCCCAAUGCAUUUUGGACAGAGGAGUAGGAUGAAGUGUUAGGGCUGAAUGGCCCUUCAAAUUAAGACCACACUUUGCACACAUACACAGAAGCCUAUGAAUGUUAUUGUAACUUCACAUUAAUCAUGAAAAAAAAUGUCAAUCUGUCGGAAUGUCUUAGUCUAAUGUAGAUGCAAAGGAAUAUGCAUGUGUAUCAUUAUUACAGUACAUGCAUUUCAGAAAAUACCUAUUUACGAUACAAUAAAAAUUUGUGUUAAAGAUGUGAUGAGGUUACACGUAUUUUCAUUUACAGAGAAUGAAGUAGAAGAGUUUGGUUUUUUACACUUCCCCAUUCAUUCGAUACAUAGAAAGUUUUGUGAGCUUCACAUUCCAUCAGAAUAUCUGAGUUUAGAUGUAGAUGCAAAGGAAUAUGAAAUUGAGUUGUUAUAACAAGCAUUUCAGAAAAAAAAACAUCUUUGUCCAUUAUAACAGAACAUUCAAUGUGUGAGUGAAUAGGCUACAUUUACAUUUAAAAUAUUUUUCAAUCUUUGUUCUUGAAGCAUGUGCCUAUUUUGACUAGACUUCUUCAGUACAAUGAUGUGCUGGAUAGAUUUGGUAGCUCUCAUUCUCUCACUCAUUUUCACUCCCAUUUUGACACUUGCUACACCAUACAUUACUCCUAGCAGUAAUGGGGGGUAAUUCAACUUGUCCCAAAGAAAUUAGUAGUCCAAAUGUUAGUAAUAUGAGGAUGAAGCAGUAAAGUAAUGUGUUACUCUGGGUUAGAUGGUUAAUAGCCCUAAAAUGCAACAUUUCAUUUUGGUAUAUAUAUUUAUUUGUACAUGGGGGGAUGUGCUUUUGUUAUGACACAUGGCACACAUGUAACCUUCCGUUCAAGUCAGUUCAGCUCAAGUGUAAUAAGCUACCAAGGUUACCGAUUCAAUAACCAGCACUGUUUUUGCUUGUGAAUAACCUUGUAAGUUCCUGCAGAUUUCAGUAGAUACUUUGUUUACACUGUCUGAUGCUAUCAUCAAAAUGAGUGAUGACCCCCAACAUAGAAUUUGGUCCCUGUCAUCAGACAUGGUACCUUGUGUCACUUAAAUGUCACUUAUUAAUAUGUAGGCACACCUUUAAACUUAACAUUUAUAUGCCCACAGAACACUAGCACAUUCCCACAGGCUUCCAUUUCUAAAAGCAGUUCCCAACUUGACAAGACCACCAUUCACCAUUGCACUUUUAUGUCCAUCCAAGGGGAAAAUGACGAAUGUAUGUAUGAGUGUUGGUGUCUUUCUACACAUUAGUAAUCUCAAAAGAGGUAUGUUACAAUGCAAAACAUACUAUUGUACUUAUACACUACUCAAUGUAUUGGAAUGCUACAGUAUGACUCAACACUUUUUGUGUGUAAUAACAUUUUCUGUUUUGUUUGCAAUUAUACAAAUAUUACAUGAAUUUCAAGGAUACUCUUUUUUGUUUUAAAUUAUAUUAGGUGAAAUGACUGAACAUUUUUCUGCAAUUUAAGGCAUAGUAUUUCAAUAGUGCUGCACAUAGUAGUCAAAAUGAUCAAAUGCAAAUGUCAGACUUACUGUUUUUAGCUAUCAAAAUGUUGGCACAUUCCUUUAUCCCUUUGUUUAUAAAUCAGUAUAAUGUUAUAAUGUAUAAACAAUAACAUGUUACUGUAUAACAGAUGGCAAAGUUUUAGGUCUUAAGUUAUUUCCAGUGAUAUGAGUAAGAUAUUUGAUGUAGUCAUGGCAGCCUUUGUAAUGAUGUUACUACGUUAGUAUGUGAAAUGUUGUAGCCUCCCAUUAGAGCUGUCAUGUGAUAUAAUGGUUAACAUAACAUGAUAUAUUUGGACAUUGCCAGUUAUUCUGACUAGUGACAAAAUUUGGGCCCUACAUGUUCAUAUGUAAGCUAAUAAAGAGACUAUUUUGUAUUAUUA